CCCCGGCUUUAACAUUGCGACCGCGACCCUUGAACCGAAGGAAUGGCGGGCGGCGACAGCGAACCCAGCGCGUCUUCGAACAGCAAUGGCACCGUUGAGGCGGCCACCGAGGAGCUGCCAGGCGAGGAGGAGGAGAAGGGGUCAGGAGUGAGGUUUCCUCUGGCCAGGAUCAAGAGAAUUAUGAAGGCCGACCCGGAAUUGGGGUUGGCCAGUCAGGAUGCCGUGUUCCUGGUCGCCAAAGCUACGGAACUGUUUGUGGAAUCCUUGGCUCUGGAGGCUUACCACUACACAAGCCAGGCAAAGAAAAAGACCGUAUCGAGACGAGAUGUCGACCACUGCAUUGAUGCCAUAGAAGCAAUGGCCUUUUUGGAUGGCGCAAUGGACUAAUGUUGGACAACCAGGAAGGGGAAUCUUUCUGUCUUCUGCCCUGUCAGUCUCAUCAUAAAUGCUAUUCCUUACUUAAGCAUUCAGACUUGAUAAAACUCAGAAUGUAGGAAUGGAAGGAAUGAGAAUGAAGCUAUUCACUCUCAUUCCUUCCAUUCCUUCCUUAUCUUCACAGUGAAGAUGUUCUAUCUCAUUCAUACCUUUUUUUUUUUCUUUUUUAUUACAUUUGUCACAAUGGACACAGUCAAAACUCCAAAGUUAUUCUUAUAUUAGCUUUCAGAUUCGUUUAAACUUUGAACAGUUCUCAAGAACUAUUUGGAUAGCUACACAACAAAUGUGAAGAGUAGACAAAAAAAAGUCUGGUUUCAAAAGUGCUUUGUAAAGCUAUUCAGGAGAAUACAGUUAAUGAUUAAUCCCAGUGCCUCAUGUUAAUCUGUGAUUUUUUUGUAAUUUUAUUUUUGAAAUAAAAUGUGUAUAUAUAUAUAUGCUAACAAAAAGUC